AAACAAAACUUGGAUUGUGUCUUUAGGGAUGAUGCUGAAAUCCCUAACCUAAAAUUCCCCUCCCUGAUGGCUUUACCAGAGGUUGGGUUGAGACUGCUCCUUUCACCCGUUACUUCCAACCUUCUUCUCCGCACAGCAUGCUGUUCAAUAGGGCUUGCGCUUCCCGUGUAUUCCACGUUUAAAGCUAUUGAGAACAAUGACCCAUAUGAGCAACAAAGGUGCCUAUUGUAUUGGGCAGCUUAUGGUUCUUUUAGUGCUGCAGAAAUGUUUGCUGAAAAAUUAUUUUCCUGGAUUCCACUCUAUCAUCACAUGAAGUUUGCAUUUCUUGUUUGGCUACAGCUGCCCACUCUUGAUGGUGCAAGACAAAUGUAUUCUAGUCACUUGCAGCCAUUCCUGUUGAAGCAUCAAGCUAGAAUGGAUCUGAUUGUUGAAUUUGUGUAUGGUGCAAUGAGUAAAAUUAUUAGUGCAUACAAACCAGAAUUGGAGCUUGCAAGAACUCUUGCAGUGAAGUUUUUAAUGACAGCAACUCAGAUGAUUAGGAAUUUCAUUCAUCCAGUUGGGAGGGAGUUAAAUGACAUUGAACCCCAAAAGAGGCAGGUUCAGGAUUCAGAAUCAGAAGAAGAGUAAUACAUGUUUUCUUCUCUUCUCAUUAUAACAAUAAAACCUUAUUCCCCUAAGUGAGGUUGAUUAUAUGGAUCACAUGAAGUCAUUGGGCACGAUUAGUUAAAGGAAAAAAUUAGGCCGGCUAGUUUUUAAUGAACGAAUGUAAUGAUUUGCAUGUGGUUCUGAGUUUUGAUUAUUAGUUCUGAUAAUUUUUUUAGUUUUAUUUAUUUUCUUGAUUUUCACUCGCUAUACAUAUUUGAUGUAAAUACUGAUUUUCGUAGCAGUUGUCUUGGGAGUAUUAUAGACUUAUAGUAUUAUAGAAGUACAUAGUUAGGACCACGUUUAUGCUUGCUGACCUGUAAGCAUCGAACAACCAUAUGAUUAUACUUUAUGUAUUUUAUGCUGGUGAUUUUCGACAAACAGUAUUGUGAAUGUUUGAGGAUUCAUCAUUCAUAUAUUAUUGUUCUUUUUUUGACAGA